AUGCAGGACAAAUUCCCGCAGUAUAGCAGGACAUAUUUGACCUUGCUGGAAGAGAUGGGUGAGAAGAUAACCGAGGACAGCGUGGGAGUUCAUUUCCCUGAUGAGCUGUACAGACUUGCAAGAAAGUCACAGCCUGAGAGGAUCAUCAGGUUCAUAGCCCAGGUGCUGGACGAGGUGUCGCUCCUACUGGACGAGGAUCUGAACGUCGUGGCCUGGGACCAGAAGAAGCUGAAGGAUUUCAUGAGCACCCUGGACACACAGCUGGUGGCAACUCAGUCAUGUGGGGACAAGGCCAAGGCCUGGGAGUUGAUCAGGAAGGAAGUUCACCGCCACCUGACGAAGGUCGACCUUCUGGCCAGCACACGCCUCUGA